AUAUUUUACAUUCAUAAUUGGCUCGCAACUGCAAUGCAUGAUCUACAGUCCAGAAUCAGUGCAAUUGCUUCGUUUUUCCUGACUGUGUUGGCAACUCAGUUUAGUCUUGUUGCUCUGCUUCAACUGGUUCUGGUGUUCUCCAAGUCUGCUAUAGUUGUCAAUUCGUUUGAACCUGCCAGGGUAAAACUUGUGUCAGGAAGAGUCGGUGGUGGUGACUAUUACAUGUACGGAUCUCCUUACACCAAUCUUGGAGUCAUUUCAUUCGACUUGGAUGCUGAUUUAUCAUCUUAUUUUCAAUGGAAUACCAAACUGCUGUUUGUUUCAGCAAUUGUCGAGUUUACCAAUUCGCAGUAUCAUGUUAAUCAAGCUGUGAUUUGGGACGAUUUAAUCUCUGACAAGGAGGAUGCUGUCAUUGUCCUCAAGAACCAACGCCACGAGUACCAAGUUCACGAUCUAACCAAUUCGCUGGCAAACUCAAAGGCAAAUCUCACACUGCAGCUUCAAGUUGUCCCUUGGGUUGGAGUAAUGAGAACCUACCGACAUGUGGUUGCCGAUGGAAUCACCUUUCCUGAUGCACCUGCAAAAAAAGGCUGA